AGUUUACCAAACCAGUCGUUACUUCCAUAACGUAUGAUUAAGUAUUUAUUUUGUUUAAAACUGAUACAAAUAUCAAACAAAAGCUUUUUGGAGAUGAGACCAUGAUAACUACUUGGUUUCAGAUAAACAUACAAAAUGAUGGAGCAACACAAAAUUAUCACUUUCAUAAUAUUGUUAUCAGCGAGCCAUGCAAAGAUGAUGCGGAACAGUGCUCUCAUAACCAAAAUGGUAUCAAAUUUUCACCAGAACAACGAACUAUCUGAUCCAAUUGAAGAAACUGAUUCCAUUUUGAUCAGAAUGCAAAUUGUUCUUUGCAAUAACUUUCCAUCAAUACCCUGCAAAUUAAUCACUGAAGACAAAACAUUGAAGAAACUCAUAGAGAAAUCAAUACAACAGAUCAGUCACAAAAAACUCUCCUUGGAUAAUACGUCACCGUCUCCAGAGGUCCCUAAUCUGUUUCCUACCCUUAAUAACGAUGAUUUAUCAAAAUUCAUUCAAUUGAGCGGCGUUCUUAACAAAGCAGAGAAACAGAAACACGACAAAAAGAAAAGGAUAACCAAACUAGUCAAUAGAAAAUUAAACGCAAGAGCGAUGUCGAAGAAAAGCCACGACGUACACAAGAAAAUUAUAAAAAAGUCUACCUCCGUGUACAAUAGAAAGAAACUCCGAAAAUUCUACCCACAUAUAGUUAAAUAUGGGAAUAAUAAUAACGGAAAUACUAAGGGAGACAUCGGUGUAAAGACACCAGAAAAAUUCUCGAUGUCAGUCGAGGUUCCGGACAUGCCGUUGACAAGACAACAUGAACAUUUCUCUUACAAAAUGGAGCCUGAAAAUUCUCCUGUUUGGAGAAUAGACUACAGUAAACAUGGAGAACCAAGCGUUAAUACGUUUGACUUUGAUGGAAACAGGGUAAAUAGAAAAAUUCCCAAAACUGGUUCAAACGUAAUCGUACGAGUAGAUAACGAUGGUGAAACGCGGAAGAACCUCAUAUAUCCGGAUUUCACAAUUAAAAAUAAUUUUGUUAAAUCAAACUCUGUUAAUUCUGAUGUUGAUUAA